UGGUGACGGUCUGGCCCGGGGCGGAUAGAGUUGGAAGAGGAGGUGUUCGCUCUCCCUAGGGGCAGCGAGAGCCAGGCAGGGACUGAGCCCGGGAUGCCGGGCGGAGCCAGCACCUUUCAGCUUUCUGGACGGCAGCGGCAUUCAGGUUCUAAAUGGCUUCUAAGAAGUUGGGUACAGAUUUUCAUGGGACUUUCAGUUACCUUGAUGAUGUCCCAUUCAAAAUAGGAGACAAAUUCAAAACACCAGCUAAAGUUGGUCUACCUAUCAGCUUCUCCUUGCCCAAUUGCUUACAGGUUAUCAGAGAGAUGCAAUAUGACUUCUCCUUGGAGAAGAAAACCAUUGAGUGGGCUGAAGAUGUUAAGCUGAUCCAGGAAGCUCAGCGAGAUGCAGAGCGGAAGGCUGAGGAUGCGGAAGCUAAGGUGAAUUCGAAGAGUGGCCCGGAGGGCAACAGCAAAACGAGCUUCUCCAGGAGUCACAGCACAGCCACCAUGCCGCCUCCGAUCAACCCCAUCCUCGCCAGCCUGCAGCACAACAGCAUCCUCACUCCGACUCGGGUUAGCAGUAGUGCCACAAAGCAGAAAGUCCUCAGCCCGCCGCACACAAAGGCCGACUUCAAUCCUGCCGACUUUGAGUGUGAAGAGGACCCGUUUGAUAACCUGGAGUUAAAAACCAUCGAUGAGAAGGAAGAGCUGAGAAACAUUCUGGUAGGGACCACUGGACCCAUCAUGGCUCAGUUACUGGACAGUGACUCACCCAGAGGAAGCUCAGGGUCUGUGUUACAGGACGAGGAGGUCUUGGCGUCCUUGGAGCAGGCAACCUUAGAUUUCAAGCCUCUUCAUAAACCCAACGGCUUUAUAACCCUACCACAGUUGGGCAACUGUGAAAAGAUGUCGCUGUCUUCCAAAGUGUCCCUGCCCCCUAUCCCCACAGUAAGCAAUAUCAAAUCUCUGUCCUUCCCCAAACUUGACUCUGAUGACAGCAGUCAGAAGACAGUCAAGCUGGCGAGCACUUUCCAUAGCACAUCCUGCCUCCGAAAUGGCACGUCCCGGAACUUCCUAAAGCCUUCCGCCCAAAGCAGUGCCAGGGAGCUCAAUGGGGACCAUACUCUUGGGCUUUCAGCUUUGAACUUGAACAGUGGCACCGAGGUGCCAACCCUGACAUCUUCCCAGAUGCCUUCCCUCUCUGUCUUGUCUGUGUGUACAGAAGAAUCAUCACCUCCAAAUACAUGUCCCACAGUCACGCCUCUGAACUUCCCAGUGUCACAAGUGCCCAACACGCCCAGCUGUCCCCAGGCCUAUCUGGAACUGCAGGCGCUGUCUCCGGGUGAGCGGCAGUGUGUGGAGACGGUAGUCAGCAUGGGCUACUCCUACGACUGUGUCCUGAGAGCCAUGAAGAAGAAAGGAGAGAAUAUCGAGCAGAUUCUCGACUAUCUCUUUGCACAUGGACAGCUUUGUGAGAAGGGCUUUGACCCUCUCUUAGUGGAAGAGGCUCUGGAGAUGCACCAGUGCUCAGAAGAAAAGAUAAUGGAGUUGCUUCAGUUGAUGAGCAAAUUUAAGGAAAUGGGCUUUGAAUUGAAAGACAUUAAGGAAGUUUUGCUAUUACACAACAAUGACCAGGACACUGCUUUGGAAGACCUCAUGGCCAGGGCUGGAGCCAGCUGAGACCAGGCCCUGCCACAGCCCUGCCACAGCACCACCAUCCCCCAGGAGGCCCUGCACAGCUCACUUGUGAGGAAGAAGGAACAUGCUUCCAGAUUUUCUUUGGGGGUUAGGUCAGGUGUGGAGAUGACAUUUGCUAGUCUCUGUGAGCCCAGGCCCGAACUGGGGGGAAAAGUAGGAAGACUUGGGCAUACAAAUGCCCUGCUGGCUCCUUCAAUAUUAAACAUAUCUGUAUUUUGAGAAGUGUCCUUCCCACAUUGGCCUUUCAGAAAGGCUACUUGGAUCUUUCUGGGGUCUCUUAUUUCUUCAGCCAAAAUCUGGCCUGGCUCCCAAGAGGUGUGGGAAGAAGAGGAGGGGCAGACUGCUGCUGUUUGGGGGCUAGAUGCUUUCCUCUCUGCCACAACAUAGGC